AUGUUCGGACCAUUCAAGAAUGGGGGGUCCAAACCCCGUACGAGAAACAUGCGAUUAUUGUUUAGUUAUUUGCCCGAUUGGAUCGUCACAUGCGGUCUUGCCGCGGCCUUUUUCGCACUUGACAAAAUAGACGGAUUCCGUCGUGAAUUCUCACUAACCGAUACAACAAUUCAACACACAUACACCGUGCACGAACGAGUUCCCAACUGGAUGCUCAUAGCCAUAUGCUUCGGCAUUCCAGUCGUGAUCAUGCCGAUCGCGAACAUGCUGACGGUCCGGAGCUGGUGGGACUGGCACCUCUCCAUGCUAGGCUUGGUCCUCGGACUGGCUACCACCGGCGCUGUUACCCAAGUCGUCAAGGUAACAGUCGGUCGCCCUCGCCCAGACGCAAUCGCGCGUUGCAAGCCCACGGCAGGUUCACACGACCGUGCGGUCUUUGGGCUCGUCACGACGGACAUAUGCACCGAGACCGAUGUAUAUGAUGAAGGACGGAUGGAGGAGUUUCUUUUCGGGGCAUUCGUCUUCCCUGCUGUUGAUUCGUGUACCGGAGCUGACUCAUUUGGCAGUGAGUUUUGCCGGCCUAGGAUUCCUUUCAUUCUACCUCGCUGGGAAACUCCAUCUUUUGAUGAGCGCGGACAUACAGGGAAAGCAUGGAUCGCAUUAACACCUCUCACCGGGGCACUCUUGACUGCUAUUUCGCGAACGAUGGACUACCGACACCACUGGCAAGACGUUCUCGUAGGCUCAGCAGUCGGCCUACUGUUCUCGUACUUUGCCUACAGACAAUACUACCCCACCCUCGAAUCUCCCUUUUCGCAUAAACCCUACUCGCCCCGCAUCCCGAAAGACGACGCGUACAGAGACGCCGUGCUCCCAUUCACGCGAUCAGACGACGACCACUCGAACUCAGGCCACGGGGGAGCAUACCGCCGGUUCUCGCUCGGCAAAGGCUCUGCCGCCGCCGGCGGUGGAGGAGCAAGUCACGCCCCUAUGCCGGUGCCAACAACUAUGCGGGCUCGCAGCAUGCUCAUGCGUACCCUCCCAUGGCGAGCAGUUCUGAAGUCCGACUUGGGAAUCCGGAUGAUGAUGAGGUCACCAUUGGGGGGAAUGCUAGUCCGCCCAAGGUUGGGAGGCGGAUGA